AUUUAUUUGUAUAAACCUAUCUCUAAGCUAGUUGCAGUUUUUAAUAAUGCCGGCUCGUCAAUGUUGGAAGUACACUUCUGACUGGGCCACCGAGUUAGCAUUUUAAUAAUCUCCUGUUAUUUUUUACUAGGGGCAUGCAGUCUGUGCUAUGUUUUAAGGGUGCUACACAUUUUGGAGGGACUUGUCAAGAAUAUUCAAGAAGCGCAGUAUCUUUGGCACACCAAUAAACCACACAUGCUCGGCGUAGAUUUGAUUGCUCUUUCCCGCAAUAGUGUCCGCCAUUUUGAUUUAAAAUAUGUGAGAAUCCUUUUCUGUCUUGCUCCAAUCUCCAGGAUAAAAGCGACAACUAAUUUACUGAACCUGGGAUUGUCCUAUACACAGUUGGAAGGGUCAGGCAGCUUCUGGUGGCAGAGGUAGUGAUGGCUUGUGUGUGAGGGAGUGUGUGUGUGUAAUCAUCCAUACAGAUUCAUGACCGUUCCUCCCUGCAUAUUUGAAAUAAAUGACUGAAGAGGUCUGACCUAGGACACACAUUUUACUAAGCAGCAGCAGCCAUGUUCUGGAAGUUUGACCUGCACACAUCGUCCCAGCUGGAGGCCCUGCUUCAGAAAGACGAUGUCACGCUCACUGAGCUCAUGGAGGAGGAGGACGUACUGCAGGAGUGCAAGGCCCAGAACCGCAGGCUGCUGGUCUUCCUGUCCCAGGACACCUGCAUGCAAGAGCUGCUGCACCUCAUCACCACAGAGCCACCUGCUGGUCUGGAAGAGAUCAAACGCUUCAAGCAUCCUAACAUAGCAUGUGAGCUGCUGACGAGUGAUGUAGGGGUGAUAAAUGAUAAGCUGGGGGGAGAGAAGCCCCUUCUGGACAUCCUGUACUCCUUCCUGGAGCAGCCCCCUCCCCUCAACCCCCUCCUCGCAUCCUUCUUCAGCAAGACCAUUGGAAACCUCAUCACACGCAAGACCGAACAGGUGAUCUCCUUCUUGCGGGGAAAGGAGGGUUUCCUGGGUCUGGUUCUUAAACACAUCAACACAUCGGCCAUGAUGGACCUCCUGCUACGCCUCAUCAGCUGUGUAGAUCCUGCUCCUCUCCGACAAGACACACUCAAUUGGUUGAAUGAAGAGCGGCUGGCCCAGAGGCUCAUAGAACUCAUUCACCCUGGGAAAGACACGGAGAGACAGUCGAAUGCGUCCCAGACUGUGUGUGACAUCAUCCGUUUGAGCAGAGACCAGACCAAUCAGCUCCAAGAGAACUCUGAGGCCGACCCUCUGCUUGCCGUGCUGGAGUCGCAGGAGUGUGUGAGUCAGCUGCUGGACAACAUGUUUGUGGGAGAGCGCACAGAGAGCUGCAUCGUCUACGGAACUCAAGUCCUUCUCACCUUACUGGAGAUCAGGAGGCCGGGAGUGGAAGGUGUGCUGGAUGUGUGUGUUCUGGGAUAUGAAAGGUGUGUCGUCAGCAGCAUCCUGCAGGCUGUCCAACCCCACCUCAAACACUACCACCAACUACUGCUGGAUCCUCCCAGGCGGACCCCCAUGCUGACCAGUCUAGGUGUGUUGGAGGUGCCACUGGGUAACUGUCGUCUCCAUGUGGCCAGACUAAUGGCCUCCCUACUACAGACCACUAACAUGAGUUAUUACACCUGUUUUGACGACACGAUUUAUAACAACACCGUCACACUGGAGCUCUGCAGACUCCAGACCAUAAGCCUCCUACUGGACCUGUUCUUUAAGUACACCUGGAACAACUUCCUGCACUUCCAAGUGGAACUGUGUGUGGCAGCCAUUCUCAGCCACUCUGCUCAGGAGGAGAGGCCCCAGGUUAGCCUGGUUAUCCAGGAAAGGCCCUUGGUUCCCCUGGAGGACAUUCCCCAGGCCAGCUUUGUGGCCCAGGAAAAACCCAUGUUUCCCCAGAAGGAGAAUCCUCAGGGCAGCCUCCCGACCCAGGAAAAGCCCAGGCUUCAGCAGGAGCCCCAGGAAAACCAUACCUUGCCUGGCCCCAAACCACCACUGCCCUCUGUUCCUCCUGACAUCUCCACACAUAACCCACUGGUGACCCAUUUAUUUCAGGACUGUCGUCUGGUUCAGAGGAUAUUGGAGGCCUGGGAGGAGAAUGAUAAGACUCAGGCAGAGGGGGGUAUGAGGAGAGGCUACAUGGGUCACCUGACAAGAAUCGCUAAUACUGUAGUCUGUAACAUGGAGAAAGGACCAGUCCGCAUCCAGAUCAGCAGCCUUAUUACAGAGCUGCCUAAGGAUUGCAGGGGGCGCUGGGAGAGCUUUGUAGACCAGGCCCUGACAGAGACCAACAGGAAGAACACUGUAGACCUGGUGUCUCACAACCUGCGCUCCUCCAGUGAAGACGAUGACCGACAGAGUCCCUUCCCCAAAGAGCUUUCACUGCAACAGACAUUCUCAGACUACCAAAUCCAGCAGAUGACUGCUAACUUUGUGGAUCAGUUUGGCUUCAAUGACGACGAGUUCUCAGAACACGGCGACAACAUCAGCGCCACUUUUGACCGGAUCAAAGAGAUCAACUUCAACGUGGACACAGAGGACACUGCUAAGACUGCAGCAUUUGAGGCCUGCACUAAAGAGAAGAUCCAGUUGUUUGAUGACAGCGAGGAAGAAGACAUCUGGGAGGAGAGAGAGAUCAACUAUACUAUGCACACCAAGUCUAGGACCAGGUUUGGGGGGCCACAGAGUGAUGGGAUGAGCGAUACUCCUAAUAAGUCAACAGGUUCUGACACAGAGGGGGAGGUGCCUAAUGAGGUCACAGGUCAGACUGAACACAGCAAGAACAUCAGCCAGACAGAGACUGCACAGAGCCCUGGCUGGGCGGCUAGUUUCGGGGAGGUGAACUUUAACUCCCCCUCAUCUGGAGUGGACCCAUGGGGUAGCCCCGCCCCCAAGCCUGGAGUGGGCGUAGACCCAUGGGUUAGCCCCGCCCCCAAGCCUGGAGUGGGCGUAGACCCAUGGGGUAGCCCUGCCCCCAAGCCUGGAGUGGGCGUAGACCCAUGGGGUAGCCCUGCCCCCAAGCCUGGAGUGGGCGUAGACCCAUGGGGUAGCCCCGCAACCAAGCCUGGAGUGGGCUUAGACCCAUGGGACAGCCCUGCCCCCAAGCACGGAGUGGCCGUAGACGCAUGGGGAAGUCCCGCCCCACAGCCUGUAACUACAGAGGCUGAGAAGGGCUGGGCCAAGUUCACUGACUUUCAGCCCUUUUGCUGUUCAGAGACAGGUUUGAGAUGCACUUCUCCAGUGGACUCGGAGAUCUGUGGGUCAGACAAAGCUAAACCCAGCCAGGGAAGGAACCCAUGUGUGUGGAGUGUUUGUGUGGCGAGGAAGGCUCCUCUGGUAGCAUCAGACACCUCUUCAUCAGGAGGCUCAGACAGCGAGGAAGAGGAAGAAAAGACUGAAUCUGUUACUAUGGAGAUAGUAUCCAAGGAAAUGGUCACUACAGAGACCAUCGUCACAACCGCCGGACUGGAGACCAUCAGACUUAACAUGAAUGUCAAGAACGAGAGAGCUGGCUUCAACAGUGAGGUUGACAUGAAAGAGAAGGAAAAGGAGAAAAAGAGGGUGAUGGGUGGAGAAGACCUGCUUAAUGCCACAGCUGCUCCUCUCACAGAUCGCCCUGCCACCGUCACAAAAGAGACACCCUCCUCAGCAAAUGGACCGGCCUAGUACUGCGCUACCACAACAAUUACACACUCCAUUCCCUAGCUAACACAACCACACUCCACUUCCCAACAACACUCUGACAUGCAACAUCCUGUAUUUGUGAGCAGUGCUGUCCUUUCAUUGGUCCAUGUCAAGGACAUCUGUGGUGGUUGAGCAGGACAAAAGCAGAAGAGAAAAGCCAGUUCAGAAUCCAGACCACAGCUCUUAAACACCAACAACCAAUAAACAAAUUAAUGUGAUGUUUGUCCCUUCCCUUCUGCUGAAGUCUCUCCUACACACCUACUAUCACCACUCUACACACUGGGACAUGACGUGUGUGUGUGUGUGUGUGUGUGUGUAUGUAUGUGUGUGUGUGUGUGUGCACGUUAGUGCUGCACAAUGAAUCAAAUUCACAUUGACAUGUGCAAUGUCCUUGUCUCAACAUCCAAAGUUGCAACAAUAGUUUUAAAACGCCACUAAGCCGCGUAAGGAAAGUUUUUAUAGUUUUCUCUGUCGUCCCUCUUGCGGCAUAUUCACACUCACACCAAGACUCUACCCCUGUCAAUCAAGCAGCGCAUUUCCUCCUCCUCCUCGGUCAAUACAGUAAACAGAUUGUUCUAAACAAGAACGAUGCUUCUUUCCACUUUGCUUCCUAAUAUACAGUACCAGUCGAAAUUUUGGACAUACCUACUCAUUCAAGGGGUUUUCUUUAUUUUUACUAUUUUCUACACUGUAAAGCUCCAACAGGUGCUUCGCAUAUGUGGGUACUCCUUCAAGAUUGUUGGAAAGGUAUUCCAGGUGACUUCCUCCAUAAAGCUGGUUGAGAGGAUGCCAAGAGUGUGCCUUGAUGACAGUGUUGCAAAGGGUGGCUACUUUGAAGAAUCGAAAAUAUAUUUUGAUUUAACACUUCUUUGGUUACUACAUGAUUCCAUAUGUGUUAUUUCAUAGUUUUGACGUCUUCAAUGUUAUUCUACAAUGUAGAAAAUGAAGAAAACCCUUGAAUGAGUGUAGGUGUAUCCAAACCUUUUACUGAUACUGUACGUGUUUCUAUGAUUCCAACAGUUCAUAGAAAAGACUAAUAUAUAUGUGUAUAUACAUAUGUAUGUAUGUAUAUAUACGUAUGUAUGUGUGUGUGUGUGUGUGUGUGUAUGUAUAUAUAUAUACACACACACACACACACAGCGUGAGGCAUACACCACUACCUGAGCGCACACAAACAGUCACACCCUUCCAUAUCACCCCUCCACAGAGCUGUGUAAAUGUAAUAUUGUGACAUUUGAACCUGUAUUAGGUUGUGGUAUAAUGUAAACGGUAUAUAAAUAAACACAUCUAUUUUUGGUAUCAAUUCAGAUGUAUCGGAAAGCGGUUUGCUGUGUGUGUGUUGAAAUGAGGCAAUAAUGAUGUCUGUGUUUUGGUUUUUAGCCCAGCAUCAGACCCUGUAACCCUGCUACAUGCUUUCACCUGGGGUGGGGGUGUGCAUGUUUGAUAUGUUGGAAAUGUCUUCCAUAUACGUACAGUUUUGGUGAAGGAGGAAAUGGAAUGCAUAUGUUCCAUUGACCAGACUGGCGCACAUUCAACAAAUCUGAUCUAACGAAGUGGAUAUUCGUCAGUUACAAAUAUCAUGACUUUUUUGUAUUGUGACAGGCCCACAAUGUCGGUGCUUAAGUCCGAUUUUUGUGUUAUUUCGCUGCAUGGAAUGCAGAACUCACAUUCGUAUAUAAGCUGGUUAGCAGAGCUAGUAUACCGAAAACCGAGGUAGUCAAAUUUGAACUGUAAUGCAGUUGAUUGGUAACGAUGACAUGAACAUGUGUUAAGGUUGACAUCCAUACCAGCAUUAUACUCUGGUUUUUAGAGACUUGUGAUCUUUUCCCCACGCAUUCCCAUGGCAAUUCCAUUAUUUUGGUCAAGUUCGAUUGAUCUCUUUACUGCAUCUAUGCUAUAAUCAUGCUCUAUCAUCCCAUCAGUAUAAAAAGAGAUCUCUUUCUCUCAGAGCAUAGCAUGUCCUUAAUGUUAUGUGGUUUUAUGUUCUUAAAGCACUUUGUGAUGGUGUCACAACCACCCAAGGUUUUUCCUCACAGCUGAGGAGAUGUUUGACUUAAAGGAAUCAGUUUGAAAUAUUAAGAUUUUUAAAUAACUAUGUUAUAUUAUGGGUUUUUAUCCACAGAUCGUGAUGCCAAAGUGUCUUCCAGAGUGGGCUGGUUCUCAAUCCUAGAGAUAGUCUUCUUCCUCAGAAGUAUCCAGGGGAUUAAAAAGGGGUUGUGUAAGUGGUAAAGGCAUAGGUUCUGGAGAAGCGUAUAGGGAAGGUGUGGAGGGUAGAGACAAAUGAAAUAGGCUAGAUUUGGGACUGGGAGAAGGAUCCACCCUGAGUCAGGGUCUGAAAAAGCUAACUAGUUGUACAGGGUUACAUCAUACCUUCACCCCAACACCACACUGCAUCUGACCCAUACGUGUGUAUGUGCUUUCUGAGGUCAGAGGCCUUUUGUAAAGGGCGCGGCUGCUGGUGGUUCAUUUCUGUAUAAGUAAUAGGUAUUGUUACUGUUGUCAAGCCCUAGCCUGUAUGUUAAGAUAUCAAACUAAUAAAUAUGUCAAUCAUCAA